GUAGCUUAGUAUAUGUCUUAGAACACUUUACACUUAACCGUGACCCCUGCAGUCGUAACGUUCGAACUGUAGGUAAGGGGAAGCUCACGUCCAUUGAAACUUAAUUUGGACUUCUGUAACCUUCAGGGCCGCUUAGGACGUGUGUAAUAAAAAGCUCUACAUUCAUAGCUCUUGAUGCUUUUAGGAGUUGCGUGAGUUGUCUUGGCCAGCCUUCUGUAGAGCCUGCGCACCUGCUGGACCUUUCAAAUGAAUGCGUGUAAAUUCAGACAGCCGUAUCAAUUUGCAAGAAGGCAUUCGUUGGUUUCGUGACCGAGGACCACCGUGGGAAAUGCCCUGGAAGCCUGGAAGCCUUUCCUGUCGCCUUCAUAGGCCCCGGCUUUCAGCGUUUGCUGCGUGCCUCCUUCUGCUAGUAUGCUGCCUAGCGGAGUUGGAGUUGUGCAGCGCCGGUAAAGCGAAUAGCGGGGCCCAGUCGGAGGCGCAGCUGCAUUCUAGAGCGUCAAGAGAGCUUUCCUGGACAUCGGAGUACAAAGGCGCCAGCGCAACCUUCAGCAAUGAAGGCGUUGCUCAUGACAGUCGUGCAUUUCAAAAAUUUCCUCAACCUCAGCAUGAUGUGUUCAGCAGCGGAUUAGGGUCCCAGCUCCAGUCCAAAGCCAGUGACCAGCAUGACGCUGGUCAUAGCUACUCCCCAUCGGCAGAGCCGUCCGAAUCUGGCUGGCUUAGCUGGCCUUUCUCCUGGUUCUGGCAAUCGUACGGCACCCGCAGUAGCCCAAGGACAGGCCAGAAGUCUCAAGGUGGCUCCCCAGGACCUGUCGUAGCGUCGUCAGGACAGCGACCUGGACGGCAAGCUGCUGGCAUAAGCAGCGCUGUUACCGCCCUUACUGUUGGCAACAACAGUGACGUGGACCGUCGCCAACUCGUUUUCACGGGCUACAGUUAUUGCGUCACAAAUGCGUAUGGCACUUGUGAACCGUGUAACCCCUUGAUGAAAUUCAUGGACCCAUGCGAGACCGACGACGAGUACUAUGGGAACUCGAACAUUUGUAUGAUGUACGGCACCUGGUAUAACUCUGUGUACGGCACUGACCAGUGCGCCGGCCUCCCCGUGUGGAUUCUGGAGCUCAACGCAACCAUGCCGAACGGAACAGCGGUCAAGGUGGGCACUGUGGAGGCGUGGGAGGACACCGGCGGCUACAUGGUGGUCAGCCUGGUGCUGAUGUGCCCCUGGAUGAUGCACCUGGACCCCAGCACCGUGGGCGCGGCGCUCAAGGUGUCAGUGACCCAGAUCGCGGUGGACGGCUCCACGGUGGCCACCUGGAGCAUGGCGACCAGCAGCACCAGCGCAGUCCCCGGCUCGCCCUACCGAACCUGCUCGUCCUUCCGCUUCCCAGUGCGCACGUCUGCGGGAGCCACCAGCGGGGCGUCAGGGGCGGCGUGUACGACGUAUAAUCGAAUCGUACGGAUACAGGCGAACAUAAAGGAGCUGAUGGGCAAGGAGUACAAUGCGUGUAUCGUGGUGCAGGAUGGAUCUCCCGCAGUUGACGUUACCGCUGUGAUAGACACGACGGUUGUAGUCGGCACCAUGUAUGCGCCGCCGCCUCCCUCGCCAUCGCCACCUACUCCUCCCCCUCAGCCGCGCCCACCGCCGGCCCCUCCAAGCCCUCCCAGUCCGCCAAUCCCUUCCCCUCCCAAGCCCCCAACACCGCCCUCCCCCCCGCCGGCCCCGCCGCCGCCGUCGCCGCCGCCAUCACCUGGGCCGCCACCUGACAUGCCGCUCCCACCAGAGCGCCCGCCGCCUCCCUCGCCACCAAGCCCAUCCCCUCCGCCCCCGACUCCACCCAGUCCGCCGCCGACCCCUCCCUCUCCCUCUCCUCCGCCCCCCAGUCCGCCGCAGCCUCCGUCUCCCCCACCGCCGCCUCCGUCCCCUCCCUCGCCGCCUCCUUCCCCUCCAUCACCCUCCCCGCCGCCAUCGCCACCCCCGUCUCCGCCUUCCCCGCCGCCGCCUCCACCACCCCCCAAGCCCCCCUCGCCGCCUCCACCCUCCCCUCCGUCACCAGGCCCGCCUCCCAGCCCUCCCCGGCCGCCAAGCCCCUCCCCACCGCCACCUAGUCCCCCACAGCCUCCGUCGCCAUUCCCCCCACCGGUUCCCUUCCCAAGUCCGCCAUUCCGCCCGCCCAAUCCCUUCCCGCCACCUCGGCCGCCACGACCGCCCCCGCCUUCACCGCCGCCUCCUUCACCGUCGCCCCCGCCGCCUCCCAGUCCUCCGCCUGCUCCGCCUCCCUCGCCGCCCCCGCCGCCCUCACCCUCGCCACCGCCUCCCAGCCCGCCACCGAAGCCCCCCAGCCCGUCGCCACCUCCAAGCCCUCCUCCUACCCCGCCGAAACCGCCGUCCCCCUCACCGCCACCCUCGCCCCCACCACCCAGCCCGCCUCCCAGCCCCAAGCCCCCGCUGCCCCCCAGCCCCUCGCCACCUCCUAGCCCUUCGCCACCUCCGCCCCCCAGUCCACCAAGCCCUAGUCCUCCUCCCUCCCCGUCGCCCCCUCCGCCGUCUCCACCUCCUUCGCCGCGACCACCGUCUCCCAGCCCACCUCCCAGCCCCCCGCCUCUUCCCCCAAGCCCCUCGCCACCUCCUCCCCCAAGCCCCCGACCUCCCAGCCCCCCGCCACCUCCUCCCCCAAGCCCCUUGCCGCCCAGCCCACCCCCAAGCCCUUCGCCUCCCCCGCCAAGCCCUUUACCGCCAUCUCCCAGCCCUCCACCUAGCCCCUUGCCGCCCUCUCCUGUGCCACCAUCGCCCCCACCGCUGCCACCUUCCCCUAGCCCCCCUAGCCCUAGCCCGCCCAGCCCUCCACCACCGUCCCCUAAACCACCGCUGCCUCCCUCCCCUCCCCCGCCAAGCCCUAAUCCGCCCAGCCCGCCGCCAAGUCCUUUCCCGCCCAGCCCAAACCCACCAAGCCCUCGGCCUCCAUCGCCCAGCCCGCCCCCGAGCCCGCUGCCCCCUUCUCCUGUUCCGCCAUCGCCGCCCCCACCAUCACCUCCUUCCCCUCCCAGCCCUCCACCGCCCUCACCCCCACCCAGCCCUUCCCCGCCCCCGCCUAGCCCGUCUCCGCCCCCGCCUAGCCCCCCACCGCCCCCUUCUCCUGACCCCCCUAGCCCUCAACCGCCUAGUCCGCCUCCCAGCCCUAAGCCUCCUAGCCCGCCUCCGCCAAGCCCCGCCCCGCUUCCACCCAGCCCGCCUCCUAGCCCACUCCCGCCCUCACCCCGGCCACCAUCUCCUAACCCGCCGUCCCCUCCACCGCCGCCUAGCCCUCCGCCCCCGCCUCCACCACCAAGCCCCUCUCCGCCACCGCCAAGCCCACCCCUGCCCCCAUCUCCCGACCCACCUAGUCCCCUUCCACCUAGCCCCCCUAAGCCCCCCAGCCCACCGCCGCCAAGCCCCGCCCCACUCCCACCCAGCCCGCCUCCUAGCCCUUUCCCACCCUCACCCCCGCCACCUCCCUUCACCCCUCCCUCUCCAUCGCCACCACCAAGCCCUUCGCCCCCAACACCACCGCCUAGCCCCUCGCCACCACCACCAAGCCCACCCUCACCGCCAUCUCCUGAUCCACCCAGUCCCAAGCCGCCCAGCCCGCCUCCCAGCCCGAGCCCCCCGAGCCCACCUCCUCCCAGCCCCACACCACCUCUCCCAAGUCCGCCCCCCAGCCCCUCUCCUCCUUCACCCCCGCCUCCCUCUCCGAAUCCACCCGCGCCGCCGUCACCACCCGUGCCUUUACCGCCCCCACCUGUGCCCAGCCCGUCGCCCCCUAGCCCUCCAUCACCCAGUCCUCCGGCUCCACCCAGCCCGCCUGCACCCAAGCCGCCUAGCCCGGCUCCCCCGCCAUUGCCGUCCCCUCCAAACCCCUCUCCACCUCCACCAAGCCCCCAGCCACCGCCUAAUGUCGCUCUUCCACCGCCCGGACUACCCCCGCCGUCACCGCCAUCACCACCCAGGCCGCCUAGGUCGCCCAAGCCACCCCGUCCAUCACCACCGCCUAGCCCUCCAAGUCCCCCCUCUCCUCCGCAACCGCCACCGUCUCCCCCGUCUCCCGCACCAAAGCCCCCUCCCUUGUUGCCCCGGCCGCCGUACUCCCCGCCUCCGCCGCCUCCUGAUGGCGCCGACCCUGUCGACACGGGCAAGUAUUACUGCAUUACGAACUCCUACGGCAAGUGCUGGCCAUGCGAGAAGAAUAUCUACACCUGCCAGACCGAGGACAACUUCUACAUCAAUUCGGGCGUGUGCAUGAUCUACGACAGCUGGUACAGCAGUGUCUACUCGUAUGACCAGUGUUCGAACCUUCCGGUGUGGAAGACUGAGGUCAACGCAACGCUGAGCAACGGAACCAUGCUCAAAGUUGGCGACGUCCAGGCGUGGGAGGACACUGGCGGCUACAUGGUGGUCACCCUCUUCAUGUUGUGCCCCUGGAUGAUGCAAAUCAACCCAGGAGUGGAUGGUGCAUCUCUCUCGGUGUCCGUGACUGAGGUUGGCGUGGACGGCUCCACCCUGGCUUCCUGGGAUUUCGUCACCAGCGAGACCGCUGGCAUACCGUACCGCGCGUGUUCCUCCUUCCGCUUCCCCGUGCGAGAGGAAGCAGGGGGCUACCUGGGUGUGGAUGCGGCGCCCGGAGCAGCAUGCAGCACCUACAACCGCAUUGUGCGGAUGAAGGCGAGUGUCAUCCAGCUCACCGCUGUGACGGAGGAUGACACCUGCAGCGCCAUCACGGAUGCGGACUCCUCCGAACCCAUCAGCUCAACUGUGGACUUGUCCCUCGUAGUAGGCACCAUGUACGCCCCGCCGCCGCCCGCGCCACCUCCGCCCCCUCCCCGCCCGCCCCCUCCGUCGCCGCACCCCCCUGACCCGCCGCCAAGCCCCAUGCCCCCGGACCUACCACCAGACCCACCAUCGCCUCCUCCGCCCAAGCCGCCCUCACCGCCCCCGCCCCCUCGCCCUCCGCCGCCCUCACCAUCGCCUCCACAACCCCCAAGCCCAGCGCCGCUUCCGCCCUCACCGCCCCCUCCGCCAAGCCCCUCGCCGCCCUCGCCUUCACCCCCACCUCCACCAAGCCCGGAGCCACCGUCGCCUCUUCCACCCUCUCCCCCACGGCCACCACCACCGUCUCCAGCGCCGCCUUCGCCGCCUCUCUUGCCGCCCUCGCCAGCACCGUCACCACCCAGCACGCCGCCCCCUUCACCGCCCUCUCCCCCGCCUCCGCCGCCGUCCCCUCCGCCUAGCCCUCCACCGAGCCCGCCUCCCUCGCCACCCUCGCCCCUUCCACCAUACAACCCAGGUCCAUUCUGGCCCCAUGCACCCCCACCCUCGCCGAGCCCUCCGUCUCCCAAACCGCCAUCUCCCAGUCCCCCACCCUCUCCAUCCCCGCCACCACCCUCGCCAUCCCCUCCUCCUUCUCCCUCUCCGCCGCCUCCUUCACCGCCUCCGCCCCCAUCUCCUUCGCCGCCUCCCCCAUCGCCGCCGCCACCACCACCCCCGCCUCGACCGCCAUCCCCUGACCCGCCUUCGCCACCGCCUCCGCCACCACCCCCCAGCCCUUUUCCUCCUCCAAGCCCCUCUCCGCCGCCCCCUAGCCCGCCGCCUCCGCCUAGCCCACCUCCGCCUUCUCCCAGCCCGCCGCCUCCUCCCCGGCCUCCACCUCCUUCACCCAACCCAUCACCACCGCCAAGCCCCUUUCCGCCUUCCCCCAGCCCGCCACCCCCGCCUAGUCCCUCCCCGCCACCACCAAGCCCGCCGCCGCCCCCUUCUCCAGAUCCUCCGCCGUUGCCAUUCCCUGCCCCGCCCUCCCGGCCGCCAAACCCCUUCCCGCCGCCCAAGCCGCCCCGACCACCGCCCCCGCGACCACCGCCACCCCGGCCUUCACCGAAACCGCCGCCUGGUCCCGUUUCCCCACCUUCGCCCCCACCGUCCACCAUACCUCGGCCCCCAAGCCCUGCACCAUCGCCGCCAAGCCCUCCAGAGCCCAACACUCCUGAAGCGCCGCUUGCGCCGCUUGCCCCGCAAUCGCCAUAUCCUCCGCCGGCACCUCCUUUCCGGCCGCCGAAUCCCUUCCCUCCGCCCCGACCGCCUCGGCCGCCGCCACCUUCACCACGACCGCCGCCUGCCCCGCCAUCCCCUGCGCCGUCCACCCUGCCGUUUCCCCCAGCGCCCCCGCCGUCGCCUCCGGAGCCCCCUCCACUGCCACCAUUCCCUCCAUCUCUCCCCUGGGCGCCAGACGCGCCACCCAACCCGCCUAGCCCUCCACCGUCGCCGCCCCUACCAGCUAGCUCACCAAGUCCUGCGCCUCCGCCGUCCCCAUCACCACCACCAUCGCCGCUGCCCCCCGUCCCAUUGCCGCCGUCACCCGAUCCACCUCCCAGCUCCCCGCCUCAUCCCCCUAGCCCUCCCCCAAACCCUUCCCCCCCUCAACCCAGCCCUCCACCACCAUCCCCCAGCCCUCCGCCUAGCCCCUCACCGCCUUCUCCCAGGCCCCCUUCCCCUGACCCUCCCUCACCUCCGUUGCCGCCCAACCCUUCCCCUCCUACCCCCCCGCCUAGCCCCUCACCGCCUCCCCCAAACCCACCCUCACCGCCAUCUCCUGAUCCACCCAGUCCCAAGCCGCCAAGCCCGCCUCCCAGCCCGAGCCCCCCUAGCCCACCUCCUCCCAGCCCCACACCACCUCUCCCAAGUCCGCCCCCCAGCCCCUCUCCUCCCUCACCCCCGCCUCCCUCUCCGAAUCCACCGGUGCCGCCGUCACCACCUAAACCUUCCCCACCUCCAUUCCCACCCAGCCCCUCGCCUCCUAGCCCUCCAUCACCCAGCCCUCCGGUUCCACCCAGCCCGCCUGCACCCAAGCCGCCUAGCCCGGCUCCCCCUCAUGCGCCGCCCCCGCUGAAUCCCUCUCCACCUCCGCCCGUCCCACUGCCACCACCAUCCGAGUUCCCUUCUCCUCCACCGGAACCGCCAUCGCCACCCAAGCCGCCUAGGUCGCCCAAGCCACCCCGACCAUCACCACCGCCUAGCCCUCCGAGUCCGCCCUCUCCUCCGCAACCGCCACCGCCUCCACCGUCUCCCGCACCAAAGCCUCCUCCCUUGUUGCCCCGGCCGCCGUACUCCCCGCCUCCGCCGCCUCCUGAUGGCGCAGACCCUGUCGACACGGGCAAGUAUUACUGCAUUACGAACCCCUACGGCAAGUGCUGGCCAUGCGAGAAGAAUAUCUACAGUUGCCAGACCGAGGACAACUUCUACAUCAAUUCGGGCGUGUGCAUGAUCUACGACAGCUGGUACAGCAGUGUCUACUCGUACGACAAGUGUUCGAACCUUCCGGUGUGGAAGACUGAGGUCAACGCAACGCUGAGCAACGGAACCAUGCUCAAGGUGGGCGACGUCCAGGCGUGGGAGGACACUGGUGGCUACAUGGUGGUCACCCUCAUCAUGAUGUGCCCCUGGAUGAUGCAAAUCAACCCAGGAGUGGAUGGUGCAUCUCUCUCGGUUGCCGUCACUGAGAUUGGCGUGGACGGUUCGACCCUGGCAUCCUGGGAUUUCGUCACCAGCGAGACCGCUGGCAUACCGUACCGCGCGUGUUCCUCCUUCCGCUUCCCCGUGCGAGAGGAAGCAGGGGGCUACCUGGGUGUGGAUGCGGCGCCCGGGACAGCAUGCACGACCUACAACCGCAUUGUGCGGAUGAAGGCGAGUGUCAUCCAGCUCACCGCUGUGACGGAGGAUGACACAUGCAGCGCCAUCACGGAUGCGGACUCCUCCGACCCCAUCAGCUCAACUGUGGACUUGUCCCUCGUAGUAGGCACCAUGUACGCCCCGCCGCCGCCCGCGCCACCUCCGCCCCC